AUCCUCUGUCUCUGCUGUCUCCGCACUGCUGGCCCGUAUCCGUUGUGUGUCACAGGCAGCAGCACAGCAGCAGCAGCAGCAGCAGCAGCAGCAGCAGACAUUUGACGAAGAAAAACACGGACUGUGGACGCAUCUACUGCGCCCUUCUGUUUCGCGUGGACAUAUUAGGGGGGCGAAAACAGGAUUGUAUUUCAAUCUCCGCGGUGUUGUGCAGUGUCUCUGAAAAUCAUCCCUGCCUCUACACCCCCUCCAUCCGUCCCUGCCUGUGUGGAUGGUUGACUGCAGAUUUGAUGGUGCUGAGCAGGCUUGUCUGAUUGAAGGCUUGCGGCCGGAGGGGGGCAUCUGUGGGGCCGCAGAGAGACGGAAAGCUCUGUGGUUGUCCUCUGCCCUGUGUCUGUGAAUGGACUGCGCUCCAUCCGUGAUUUUCUGCAGUCUCUCUGAGUCAUUUGUGGAAGAAGAUGGCGGACAGGGCUGAGAUGUUUUCCCUCUCCACUUUCCAUUCCCUCUCUCCCCCUGGAUGCAGGCCAGCCCACGACAUCAGCUUGGAGGAGUUUGAUGAUGAAGAUCUCUCUGAAAUCACAGAUGACUGUGGGAUUGGACUCAAUUAUGACUCUGAUCCGUAUGAAAAGGACUCCCUUAUUCUGGAGAAGAAUGACCUGCACCACCCAAUCUGCUCCUUCCAGGAUGACUUCCAAGAGUUUGAGAUGAUUGAUGAUGAAGAUGAUGAAGACGAUGAUGAAGAUGAUGAUGAUGAAGACGUAGACCCUGAUGCACCUCCAUCCCCCUCUGCCUCCCCUCCUCUCUCUCCGACUCUUGGCACCCUAAAGAGCAGACCAACCACACUGAACCUCACCACUGCUGUGUCGCAGGAUUCACUGAACAACAAUAGCAGUCUGUCCCCAAAGAAAGGAAGUUGGCAGGACUCCUUACACAACCCAGCCUCACAGGGCCGUCUUUCUCCAACCCACUCAUGCCUAGAGGAUGGUAGCCAUGUGACAGGCAAAUGCCCAGUCUCUCCAGUUUCCCAGGCACCGGGGUCUCAGAGCAAAGGUUCGUUUGGGCAACACAAGUCUCACCCUUGCUCCGGACAUGUCAAUGAAACAAAGGCAGACCCUUCAAUCCAGACAACGAGGGUACCUUCUGUGGAUGAGCACUCCCAGUGUUCGGACACAGAGGUGGACCAUGACCUCAACAGCCACCAUAACCACAAACACUCAAACCAGCGUGCCACUGACACCUACACAAUUACUAGUGAGUCGGGUAUGGAGCCAGAGACUGACCUAGACCCAGAUGGAACCAGUCGCUGUUUGUCAUCCACUGCACCCAUGGGAGGCAAUGAUGGCGCUGAUACACCCUUGUCUGAUGAGGAGCUGGACAAGGACUUUGAAGUGGAGUUCAUGUGUAAGGAGACCUAUGAUAUGGUUUGCAAGGAGAACCGGUCAUCAUAUGUUGAAUUCCCCCCCAUUGAACCUUCUGAGCCUGCCUCUUUCUCCAGCUAUCUGUCCUCCAGCCGCUCAGACUCUCUCAACAAGUCCAACAUGUCACAUAAUUCAGCAAUUUCCGCCAUGGAAGCAGCAGCUAACGACUCCACCUCUCCAUCUUCAGACCCAGGAAUAGCAGAUAUGAACCAGCAGGGCUACAUGACUUCGGACCAGGACAAGGACCUCAGCUCUCCAGGAUCUGACUCUGAUGUUGAAGGGGAAAUAGAGGCAGCAUUUGCCUGUGGUGGUCCUGUUGUGUCCAACAUGAUCUCCUCCAUUUCAGAGACAGAGCUUGACCUGACCAGUGAUGACAGUAGCAGUGGACGCUCAUCUCAUCUCACCAACUCAAUUGAAGAGGCCAGCUCGCCUACAUCAGACCAGGAACUGGAUCCAGAUACUGAGUUAGAACAGGAUAGCGGUAUUGUUGGACUAAAAGCAUCCCUAUUUCUUGGCCAACCAGAUCCCAUCAAAGAAGGGUCUCUUCUUCCAUCUCCUUCCCCUCUACCCUCACCCACUAUUGCUACACCUUCACCUAUUGACUCACCCAUCCUUCCCCCAGAGUCUUAUGAUGAUGAUCAAGCUCUACUGGGUCUGCAGUGUGUGGACGAUGAGCUGUCUUAUGAGCACCAGGCGGACCCAGAUGAGACUCUUCCUCCAGCUCAAAGAUGUGAGGACAGCCUGUCCAGACAGAUGGUGCUGCAAAUUGAACCGGACCACAGUCUAGAAAGCUUCAAACGCUCCUUCUACCUGCCGGUAGGACCCCGGCUAAUGCCCAGUGCAGAUGAAUAUGAUGGAACCAGUGAGGGUGAAUCUGAAUCAGAAAGUGAAGAUGAUCUGAGUGAGAACUCUGACUCACCAUGGCUUCUAAGCAACCUGGUAAACAGGAUGAUUUCAGAGGGCUCAUACCCCAUCAGUUGUCCUGAGGAUUGCUUCAAGAGAAAGGUUUCUGUGUCAGACACCAUCUCACCAUCUUCAGACAUCGGAGACACAGAUGGUUUCAAUGAUGAUGACCAAGAGCAGAAAGCAGGGCUUGAGGAAUCAGAUGAAGAAGAGAAAGAUAGUGAAAGAUACAGAAAUGAAAGGAUGGGACAAGGAGAUAGGAAGAGUGUGGAGUCUUUGAAAGAAGGAGGUGUGAUAAGUUCCCAUCUUUAUAUGAGCAAACCAACUGGCGACACCGUAAGCCCUCUGAAGACUGAGCAUUCCUCAUAUUCCCCUAAAGACUCUGAGAAGAAUCACACGGAAAAGCAAUCUAAGAAUACCAGGAGACAGGAUGAAGAUGAAGAGCCCAAUAAUGAUUUGAUGAUGCUAGAAGGGAGGAAGGAUCUGGACUCACCAAGCCUCUCUGAGAGUGUGGUCAGUGACAAAGAUGAGGGACGAGAGACUGAACCCAGGCCAACAAGCCGCUCCUCUGCCUCUCUUGAACGUAUCACCGAGGUUAAAAACAGUCUUACACUGGACAUACCCACCGCCCAGACUAACCGCUGCUUCAGCCUCACCUAUUCCACUGACAAUGAUGAAGAGGAGGAUGAUGGAGAUUCUUACCCAUUCCUGGAUGGCUUGAGAAACCAGUCCUACAGGGGUAGUGAUUUAGAGCUGGACAGUUCACCUCCAAUUGAUUCCAGUGUCCAAGACCAUCCCUUAUUGGACAAUGACCUUCCACUGUGUGAGAAAGAUCUGACUCUGAGGCAGCCCAGUGAAGAUGAUGGACUAGCCUAUGACUCCAUGAAGUACACGCUAGUGGUGGAUGAGAAUACAACACUUGAACUGGUCAGCCUCAGAAGGUGCACCUCUGUUCUGAGUGACGACAGCGAGCUCUCCACACUAUGUGAUGAGGAGCCUUUGGGGACAGGAGAGGUGGGAUAUGGUUGUGAUGAUGAUGAGGUGAGGCCGGAACUUCUCAGUUCUUCUGAGGAUUCCUCUCCUGAAGCUGACCUCCCGUUUUCCAAGAAGUUUCUCAAUGUGUUCGUCAACAGCACCUCCCGCUCCUCCAGCACAGAAUCCUUUGGGCUUUUCUCUUGCACCAUCAAUGGAGAGGAGAGGGACCAGACACACAGGGCAGUAUACAGAUUCAUUCCCAGACAUGCAGAUGAGCUGGAGCUGGAUGUGGAUGAUCCAUUAUACGUGGAAGAAGAAGAGGAUGAUUACUGGUACAGAGGCUAUAACAUGCGGACAGGGGAGAGGGGUAUCUUUCCUGCCUUCUAUGCCAACGAGGUUAUAGGCCAGUCUAAAGAGUUGUUGGGAAUGAAAAGAAAUCCAGCUUGGAUUGAGACAUUUAGCGUUCAGUUUUUGGGGUCUGUUGAGGUUCCUUAUCACCAAGGCAACGGCAUCCUCUGCGCUGCCAUGCAGAAGAUUGCGAUAUCGAGGAAACGGACAGUUCAUGUGCGACCUCCCUCUCUGUGUGAGUUAGAGAUCAGCUUGCAGGGAGUGAAACUGAUCAUGAGCCUGGAGGAUGAAUAUGACACCCUUGAUGAGUUUGACAGGUGCAGUCACUUCUUCCAGAUGAAGAAUAUCUCAUUCUGUGGAUGUCAUCCCAGGAACAACUGCUACUUUGGCUUCAUCACCAAGCACCCGAUGCUGAACAGAUUUGCUUGCCAUGUGUUUGUAUCCCAGGAGUCCAUGCGACCUGUAGCAGAGUGUGUUGGACGAGCCUUCCAGGAGUACUACCAGGAACAUCUGGAGUACGCCUGCCCCACAGAGGACAUCUACCUGGAAUAAGAAGGGUUGCCGUGACAACCCCUUUCCUUCUUCCAGAGCUUGUGUAUGGUCAUAGAGUUUGCCACCAGAGGGCGCCGUCAUCGGGCUCUUCUCCCUCGUUGUAAAAUACUCCUCUCAACUGGGAUCUUCAUUUCUCCAGUAUGCUUGGCAUCUGACUGAUUUCAUUCAUUCAUCUCUCUCUUUGUUUAUUCCCAUCAUCUUGAUGGAUUGAUUGCCUGUUUCUUUUAUCUUUUUUCUAUGAUAUGAAAACUAUGACGCUGAGCACCUGUUUAUUUAAAGGGUUCCUCUUUUGAAAUGACAAACAAUAUACCUACUACUGCUGUUUCACUUUUCAAUGCAUGGCUAGUAGGGUAACUGCACACAGAGACACCAAGAAAUACACAUAUCCUAGUGAAUGGCAAGCAGCUCAACAAUCAGUUAAGGGAAUGGUGUGGAAUCAAGCAGCGUUUCAUUUACUGUAAAUAUGUAUUUGUUCAAUAUUGACAAACUGCUUAUUUGAUUUCUACUGAUAGUGACAUUGGAGCAAAGUAGAGAGAGUACAGUGAAAUGUCCUUGGUCCAAGCUUACCCCUGUGUUGCGUAGUGUGUGUUGUAAAUACAUGUAUAGAAAGUAGACAUACAGGCGCCUCAUCCAAACUAAUUAACAAACACACAGCGGAGACCGAUGAAGGGGAUUCUGUUAUGUUGGAGUAACUGCAGGUGUUAAGAGAUUUUAGUCACUUGGCAUGGCCUUUGAAUGUCUUUAGCCCUGCAGAUAUUUUAUUCAGCUUGGAUUAGGUGCAGCAGCUGUCAGCACAUUUGGAUGAUCUGACAGAAAUGUUUCCCUUUUGUCCAGUCCCUCGAACUCACACUGCUUGCUGACCUUCACCGCAGAGAGCUUUCAUAGCAAAUCACUCAACUGUUACAAGUGCAAAUCAUAGAUCUCUGUAUGCUUUGUUAUGAUUGAUGUGACUCUGAGGUUAAAGAAGGUAAAAGGCCCUCUGAAAAGCCAUAUUCUCACACCUCUGACUGUUGAACUCUGGUUUUCAAUGACAUCGUUGUUUCUCUUUUCGUUUGACUCAGCAGUUUGAAUGAUGGAAAAGAAAUAGCAAGACUAACUAGUGGUCAAUGAGAGUGCCCUGCUUGUACUAGGUCCUGGUAUCACAGAUUUUUUAUAAAGCAUCACAUGGGAGGUUUUAUAGUUAUGUAAAUGGGUAGACUUUGAUUUUCUUUUUUUAUUGUGAUGGAUAAAGGGAUGGCUACAUGAUCCUAGUUUUAUUUAUUGCUUUUAGUCGUGUCAAAAAUUAAAGCAUCAUUGCCAUUACACAGUAACCUGCUUUUGGGUUAUGGCAUAUAGCAUAUGAUUACUUACAUUAAUGCACCUUAUGCAGGAGGGGGUAUAUUUAAAAAGCGAUGCAGUCCUAAAAACUAUCUGCAUUGUUCUUUCAGACACAUUUUAGCAUUGUCUUUAGUUCCUUUACUCACAAUCCACCUGAACAAACACCUCAGAUCUGCAGAAUUUCAGUCUCAUUGAAAGGUACUAUGACAGGUGGGAUGUAGGGCGUUAUUUACAUAUGUAUCGCUGUCAGUUAGAUCAUGUAUAUACAAUAGCAAAUCUAAGAUAGUGCUGUGUCCUUUAUGUUGAGUAUGUUAUGAAAUGAAUAUGUACAUUAAAAAGAAAUUCUAAAAAAAGAUCACAACCAGACAACAUCCCCUGAAAGAGAAGAAAAACACAUAGGUACCUGUGAUCUACUUCUGGGAAUUUUAUUUUAAGUGUCUUAUGUUUCAGCACACAAUGUUAUCUCAGUAUCCGUCACACAUGUGGCAUUUGGGCUCCUGCUAACUCCAUUACUCUCCACACACAGGCUUCAGCAGCACAUUUAGGGCACAUUUGUGAGCCGUGACAUCAUCAGUGUGUGACACAACCACCAGACAACUGACCAAUCUGCUGUUAGAGCUGAAUAGAAACUGAGUCAGCUGAUAAUUAUAAUUACCACUUGCCGAUUAUAGUCACCGCCUCUGAGCUCCAGCAGAGUGACCUCUCUCUGAUCUUUAUCUAUUUGCUUCAGAUUUUUUGUUUUUCUAUUCUAGUUAAUAAUCCUCUCUAACACACAGCUACACAAGAACAACCUCUGAGGAUGAGCUAGUCCCAUAUAGCCGCUGAGACAUACAUUAACAGUUAAAGCAAACUUUUAUUACAUUAACAAGAUUCUUCACCGUAUACCUAGAGCAAAACAGUAUGUGACAGAACAAACAUAUCCUAUCUUGUAUCUUUAAAAACAAGGACUUGUAAAAUUCCAGGGAAAAACUGAAAAAAUGACAAAAAAAUCACUCUGCCUUGUCAUGGGUUUGGUCUUAUGAAUAAAAUAUAUGCUUGAUGUCCAAAA